UGCAACUCAAGACGAGAUAUAAAACAGCUGGUUGGCAAUUACAAAUAACACAAAAACUGGGAUUAUAAUCUGGGAUAUCACAGACAAAAUUCUAAGAACUGUGGAUCUACAGUGGGUUGAAUUCCUCAGUAAAAAUAGAUUUGAAUGAAAAAAAGUUAAUCUACAAAUGAUAAGACUGUUCAUUGGACUGUUAUAUUUUAAGGAAGCGCUCCACUGUUGAGUUUGAGAGUUAAGGUUAAAGAUUAGCCAGUGUAAAGGAUGUUUGUGGCGACUUUUGGGCGGUGUUUUGGUGAAGCAGAAUUUGUGAAGUUCCAUUUCUUCAAGACAGCAUAAGAGAGAAGAGCAAACACACGACGAUGGAGUCUUACUUUAGAGGCUCCUUGUGGAUGAUCUUCAUCCUCGUCUCACUGCCUCGUCUCACCUGCAACAUGUUUUGUCCCAGCGGCUGCUUCUGUGACCCCACCGGUUCCGUCAUGUGUGUUGGCGACACCAUCACCGAUAUACCUGAGCACCUGCCGGUCCACACUUACCAGCUGCUGCUCAAACACACUAAGAUGAACGUCAUAAACGAGCAGAGUUUGGCCAACAAGGACCUCGUGCUGCGUUUCAGUCUGACCUACAGUCACCUUCAUACCAUCCAUCCCAGAGCUUUCCACGUAGCUCGUCAGCUAAAGUCCGUCCAACUGUCGUCCAAUGACCUCUUGACUCUUCCUACCCGAGUCUUCAGUCCAUUGGUUGCUCUGGAGCAGCUGUUUUUGGAUGGAAACCAGUUAGAGAUCCUCGCUCCAGAUAUGUUUGAAGGACUGGUCAGCCUGCAGGCUCUGGAUCUGAGCCGCAACAAACUCACCAGUCCUGCUUCGGAUCUUUUUGAUGGACUCACCAGCCUCGACUUUCUGAACCUUGGCAGGAAUUCCAUCAAGAAGCUGCCACCCACCAUCUUUCACUCCUUGACUAAACUUCGCCAGCUCAUAAUCUACUACAACGAGCUGGAGGAGCUGGAAGUCGGGAUAUUUGAUAAACUCGUCAACCUCAUGGAGCUAAGGAUCGAACACAACCAGAUUUCCAGCCUCCCGUCUCAAGUGUUCUGGUCGCUGAGGAACCUGAAGACCCUAACAUUGUCCAACAACCAACUUCUGGUGAUUCCAGACAGAACCUUCUACUUCAUGCCCAAACUGAGAAAACUCACCCUUUACAACAACCCGCUAUUAUCUCUACCAGACGAGUUGAUGGGCUACAUGCCUGAAUUAACAGAGUUUUAUUUAUUUGGCACCAACCUCACCACAGCUCCUGGAAACGUGUUCGCCAACAUGUCUGGGCUGCAGAUGCUCAACUUCCACCUAAAUGACCACCUGAAGGAGCUGCCGCAGGCUCUCUUCUGCUGCCUUCCCAACCUCACGAAGCUCUCGUUGAAAUCCAACAACCUCAGCCGUCUGCAUCCAGAGCUGUUCUCCAAACUCCCCACUCUGAACACUCUGGUCCUCAAUGACAACAAGCUGGAGAACCUUCCAGAAAACAUCUUCCAGAACCUUGGAGGGGUUGUGAGCAUUGAUCUGAAGAAUAACCAACUCCAAACUCUUCCAGGGGAUACUUUCUCAUCAAAUACAGCUUUGAAGAAUCUUUCUCUGAGUGGGAACCCCUGGAACUGUGACUGGAUUAUUCGAGAUAUUGCAAGAUGGAUGAAACACAAUGAGCAGAUUGUUCUUGACAGUGAAGACGUGAAGUGUCACAGUCCAGUCUACCAGCUGCUGCGUACUGUUGGUUCACUGUGUGACGAUGAAUUCAACUUUUGCAAUGGUACAACUGUCCAUUUUGCUGCAACUACUGACACAACUGUGACCAUCUGAAAAGAGUUUCAACCCAGGAGCAAACAUCACCUCCACAGUCCAUGACAACUUCAAGCAUCAUCCAACAACCUACCCAACAAGUCUCAACCACCACUCUACUUCCACAAACUACCCAACAAGUCUUAACCACCACUCUACUUCCACAAAUUACCAAACAAGUCUGAACCACCACUCUACUUCCACAAACUACCCAACAAGUCUUUACCACCACUCCGCCUCCCCAACCAACCACCUCAGAUGUCUCAAUUUGCCUUCACACUGCAGCCAACAUUCAGUCCAAUGAAGUUCAAGGCAAAACACCUUCUCUUUAUGACGUAUUGGUGAUGGAAGAAGGGCCUGAUUUCGACAAUAAGACUUUCUGAACCCCUUUGCUUAAUGUUGCGUUGAGUCAUACCUUCUAAUGUUGCUUUAGGCAGUCAGAAUCAGAUUAUAAGAUCUCAAAAAUGCUGAUUAAGUUACCCUUAAGGGAAUUUAUUGUCCUUGCAGUGUACAACGAAAUUAGGCAGCAAUCCUGUCAGACAAUCACAAAAUCUGAUGUUAUUAAAAGCACUAAAAGAAAUUUACAAAUAUUAAAUAUGACGUUAUCUUUUACAGACAGCUUAUCGGGUAUAUUAAGAGCUAUAAAAAUAAUAACUGAUGUUGCACUUCUGGAUAUUGAACAUUGCAAAACAUGUACAAAAAAUGUUAAGAUAGUCGAGAAAUUACAGUGAGAUAAUACAGAAUUUAAUAUAUACAUAAUCCAUGCGAAUCAUUUGUUUCUAAUUAGAUGUAGUUCAUGUAAAGCUGUGAGGAUUGAUCAAGUGAUCAAUUAGUCAAUAUGAAGAAAAUUAAUCAGCAAAUCUUUGAUAGAUGAUUAAUAAAAUUUGAAGUUUUUGAAGACCAAAAUUUAAAAAAAAUCUUUGAGUUUUUGUGAGAAAAAUCAAUUAGAAGACAACAUGUUGGCCUCUGGGUGUUUGUGAAAGGUGUUUUUUAUUAACUGCUUUUUCUACAUUUAAUUGGUUAAUUGGAAAAGUAAUGAUAAUUUAAAUCAUUAUUUGCAGUUCUGAAUUUCAGUUUAUAAAGAAACAUGUAAUACGUUGUUUCAGUCGCUCUUCCUUUGUUUUUCUUUGUUUUGAGCUUGCAAUAUUCAGAAUGUGCAGUGUUAAUCAGUCCUUCCAGGAUUUCGCAGGCGUUUUCCGAGAUUGUUGCGGCCGAAAAUGCCUGAAUUCACGGCAGCUUUUCUAAAAAAUGGCGAUGUAAGUUGCAAUGUUUUAAGCUUGUUUGUUGCGAUGAAAUUGCGGGAGACAGUGGCAAUUGCUAAAAAGUUGCAAUUUUUCAGCUUUUAGAACAUGUUUCAACAUUGUAAUUGACAAUAUUUAUUCCAAAAUUAAUUAUAAAACGCUCCAACCCAUUUACACAAGCUGGCAUACCAUGGUGGGAAAUUAGCAGCAGCCAGAUAUUGGCUUAACACGAAAUGGUUGGUAGAUUUAAGGUACUAAAUGAUCAUUUACUAUUGACUGAAUCAUAUUUGGACAUAUCUGUGAGUGGCCUAAAAGUUAAUUUCACUUCCUGGCAAACACGUAUUCAUACACACGCGCUCACGGCUUGUCACUGUCAAUUAACAAGAAAAUCACUCAGAGAGCACAGUACUCCACCAAGACUGUUCAUUACCUGACCUUGUGCUGAACACAGGCGUGUGUUAUGCAUGUGUACAGACCGAAUCGUGUGACCUAAAUAUGUAGCGGGUGGCGGGAAUAGAUGGGACUCAGAAACACCCCCACAAUUUAAUCAGUGUUCCUUGUAUCAUUUCCGAUACGUCCACAGUGGUGGAUUUGUAGUCGGAUCGGAAUGAUGUGAUCGUCAGCAGGCCGCUGAGGUAGCAUUCACUUGUUGCCAUGGUUACAGUGCCGCUAUCAGACCAAAUCUGUGGAUCCAAACUUUAAGCCGCAUCACUGCCAGAAUCGAAUCACUUGGUCCUUGUGUCAUUUCUGACCUUCUCUGAAAAUUUCAUCCAAAUCCCUUUGUCAGUUUUUGAGUAAUGUUGUUAACAAAGGAGUGAUUCACAUACGCCAAUUGUCACAACUCCGCCGAGUUCCUUGGUGGAAUAAAUAAUCUAACUUCCCAUCAUUCUUUCAGAGCUCCAACAGAUCUGGAUCCAACAGUUUCCAUCACGGUGAUUUUUCUGUUCUGUGGUCUGCUCAUUUCAGCCAUUCUCCUGAUAUGUUUCGUGGUAGAAAAGUGUUUAUCAAUCGAUGAUUUUUUCUUUUUUUUGUUUUCCACCACAAUAUUGCA